AUGCCUCUGAAGCAGAUCCUAUUGGCAGAAAAACCUGCUGUAAAUCGGCUAGCUUUACAAGGACUUCAAAAAGCCAGUGAAGUGAUAAAAGAAAGCGCCACACUGACCAGAGAUGUACUUGAGCAACACUUUAACGAUUUAAAAGGGACCCUAAACAAGCUGUUGGAUGAGCGACUGAUAUCACUGCUGCAGCAAGUGGAUGCUAUUGAGCAAGAGAGCAUCAAACCCCUGGAUGAAUGUCAGAAGUUGAUAGAGCACGGAGUCAGUACAGCCGACGAUGUGCUCCGGGAAGGAGAGAGUGCAGUCCGUGGAGAUGUGGGACAACAGAAUGAGAAACUGUGCAGCUUUACAAAAAAAGCUUUACAUAUUCAGCUAGAUAGCUUACCAGAAGUGCCCUCCUUGGUUGAUGUGCCUUGUUUAUCUGCCCAGUUGGAUGACUGCCUUCUUACUAUAUUGAAAAAUCAAAUAUUCAGACACGGCACUGUGGCAUCUCGCCCACCUGUACAGCUAGAGGAAUUCAUUGAGAAGCCUGGAGGUAUUUUAGUCCGAUGGUGUAAGGUGGAUGAUGACUUCAUACCACAGGAUUACAGACUGCAGUAUCGCAAGAGUACUGCCAGUCAAUUUGAAGAUGUCUAUGUCGGCUCGGAGACAGAGUUCAUUGUGCUGCAUAUUGACCCUAAUGUUGAUUACCAGUUCAGAGUCUGUGCCAGAGGAGACGGACGGCAAGAGUGGAGUCCGUGGAGCGUCCCUCAGAUCGGCCAUACCACGCUGGUUCCCCAUGAAUGGACAGCUGGUUUGGAGGGUUACAGCUUGAGCAGUCGAAGAAACAUAGCACUUCGAAACGAUUCUCAGUCAUGCGGUGUGCUCUACUCCAAAGCUCCUACUUAUUUCUGUGGGCAAACAUUAACAUUCAGAAUUGAAACGGUGGGCCAGCCAGACAGACGAGACAGCCUGGGCGUGUGUGUGGAGCAGCAGAACGGCUACGAUUCCCUGCAGCGGGAUAAAGCUGUGUGCAUUAGCACAAAUG